AUGACAACAACCAUAUCUCACGCUCCGACAUCACCAGACCCAGAAGAAGUUGAACUAGACACGGAGAUCACCUCAAUCCGCGCAGAAAGUACGCAUCCCAAUCCAACAGAAACCAGAACCAAAUCCGAAUCUAACCAAAAUCAAGUCCAAAACCUCCAAAAACGCAAGCGCAUCCUCACAUCCAGCCUCCUAACAACUGACCCAAUACAAAAACUCCGCAAACAAUCCCUACCCCCCACCACAACAAACCAAACCGACCCCCUCACAACAAUCUCCCCACUUGUCCACGCCGCCGGUGCACAUACCUCCUCAAACCACCAUCGCAUCGCCUUCGGCGCAACUGCCUUCCCAUUCAAAGACCCUUCCCCAACAUCCAGCGCCGCGCCCCUCCUCGGCGUGCGCAUCGACGUAUGCGCCCGCAACGGCCGAUUCGCAAAACCAUACUACAUCCUCCUCCAACAUGAGCGAAGCCGCGCGGGUCCCGGUUCAGCUUCUACGAAGAUGUUGAAAGUCCAUCGACACACAGUGCCCGGGUUUAUAUCGAUAGCGAAGCUAGAGAGUGUAUACCUACCGCGGCCGGGUAUGACGCGCGACGAUGGAGACGGGAAUGAGGAUGGGGAAGGAUCAUCUGGCGAAGAUGAGGAUGCUGGACCCGCAAAACCGUGGAAGAAGAGCGGCAGUUCUACUCGGAAACAAGAUCUGCGGGGAUUUGUGCGCGAGCUUCGGAGGGAGCUUGUUGCUUGGCAUAUGCGUGUUGAUGCGAUUGACUUCCUGCGCGAGAAAUUGGGUCUUGUGGGUGAAGGUGGGAAGGCAUUGCCGUUUGAUGUUUCGCCGGAUCGGGAUACGGGGAUCGUGUCUUUGGCUGCUGCUGCGGUUGAGGCGCGGUAUGUGCGAGUUGAGUGGGUUGAUGGUCGGGUUGGGCGGUUUAAGCUGUCUAAUACCGGGGUUGUGGAGCGGGCUGUUGUUAUUGGUGAUGAGGGGAGGGAUAAAAAGGUUGAGAAUGCGAUCACUGGGGGUAGUGGCAGAAUUGAGACUGUUUUGGAUAGGUUGAGGGUGGAUGUGUUGUCUGGAUCACCUGGUACGCCUGGCACGCCUGAAGUAUGA